GUGUGUUUCAGGACUGCGGUCUGCUGGUUCAGCCGGGUCGGCCCUGCGGUCUCCAGCCUUUCAUCGAGUCUCAGAGUUCACUUCAGACCUGCAGCUCGGGACACGUACCAGGUCGGUGGGUGGUUCCGUGUCUCAGCUGUUCUGACAACAGGACGUGUGAUUGGAGGGAGGUUGCCUGGCAACCAGACGGCUGUUACCACCCGAUAGUGGACCGCCCCCUGCUGCAGGACUGUAUGACGGACAGGAAGGUGCUGUUUAUCGGCGACUCGACCAAUCGCGGGAUGAUGUACUUCCUGAUGGAGCGGGUGAACUCCAGUCUGGAGGACUGGGGGAAGGCUCACGACACGCUGGUCUACAGGAACCUGAACGGAGGACGAACUCUGGUCGGCUACUCGUAUUAUCCUCAGUUCUGGUUGGAGAAGAACCAGAGACCCACCUUCAGACAGGCGCUGCUGCAGCUGCUCCACAGGUCACAACCUCUGGUGAACUCUAACCUGACCGUGCUGGUGGUGGGAGGAGUCCAGUGGCUCAACACUGAUCACCUGAGGACGGUCAGAGAGGUGCUGGACAGAGAGUCUCUGAGCGACAUCGCAGUGGUGGUGAAGUCUUUGGGGAUGGGUUUCCACCUUCCUGUAGACGGGAUCCGCUCGCUCAGUCUGAAAGAGGUCCAGGAGCUCUACAGAGAGAACCGUAACAUCAUCACCACAGCAAAGCAUUAUGGGUACGAGGUGAUCGACACAUUCGGCAUCACGAUGGGCCGAUACAAAGAGUUCCUGCAGGGACGAUGUGCCUGCCACUUUCAUGAGGUGGAGAAGUUUUGGUCCUCCAAGUUUUCAGACGACAUGACAUCCACAACCAACGGAACCGGAUCCACCAGAGCCGGACCCGGACUCAGCAGCCAAUCAACCGUGCCGGACACGGACCAGGGGGCGUGGCCUAAAGCCUUGUCCUAUCACGUGAGAGGACCAGUGAACCAGGUGUACUCUGAGAUCCUGCUGAGUCGCCUGUGUCCCAAAACCAGAAACUAAAGCUGAGAGAGUUUUCAUACCUGAACAAGUAAAAAGAUUUUCCACUUUGUUGUUUUCCAGCAGGAGGACUCGGAGGCGUGACUGUACGUUAAUUAUUUUCAACAUAAAACAAACUCUUAAAGGGACAGAAACAAACUUCCAGAGCUGAAGGUCCAAUAAGGUGGAAACAUUAAGAGACAGAAAAUCACCAAAAGUGCCUGAAAUAGUUUCUAAUAUUUUGUCAUCAUAACCAACAGAAACUGUUUUCUUUUCAGAAGCUUUUCAUUGUGAUUCUGCACCGACUGCUUUCUAAUGAGCGCCUGAUGGUUACUGAUGCAAACGAGUUCAAACGCAGCGACUACGUUUUACUGCCAGUCAGCUGGUUUCUAAAGUGCACCAGCUACCAGCUCAGCUCUAGUGAGCACUAGCUGGUUAUUAAUGUGUACCAGUUUCUUUCUUAUGCGUAAUAACUAGUUUAUGUCCAGCUAAUUAAAGUAGCUAGUUUAUAUACUUGCUAACUGAUGUGUACUAAUUAGCUUCUAGCACACACCAGCUAGUUUUUUCUGUGGUCAGAAGUUAAUAUCUCGUAUGUAACCAUGAGUAUCGGUCUGAUGUGGUUCUGCUCUCCUCCACAUAUAUUUAUAUUUAUAUACCUCAGUCAUUGACUUUAUUGUGUAUAUCAGAUAAUAUUCGACACCAAAGACUCGAUGAUAACUGCGUUUAUCACGUGACAGAAACGUCUUAUUUGAUUCUCUGCUUAUAUUUUCUAUAUUUUUCUACAGAUGUAUAUUGUGCCUUUUAUCUCUAAACAUGUUUACAUGCUGGAAAAUAGAAUAUAUGAAUAUUUAUACAAAUGUUAUGAUUCUCCUCUGUUCUUUAAAAUAUGAAACUGUUUACCAGAAAGCAAAAAGACACAAACACAAUUUAUCAGAAACAAAUCCAACUGUGAAGACAUGAAAUCUUUUUUUUUUAACUCUCGACUUUCCUUCUGUUUAUUCCAUGAAUGUUUAAAAAAUAUUUUCAAUUCAAAAUCAGUUUUUCUACUUAAACUUUCAGAAAUUCAAAUUUAUUUUAACAGCUGUGUAAAUUGUGUCUUUAUACAUUUUAAUAUAUCUUUGCCAUAAAGUUGUUUGUAUCAUAAAACUGUU